GGGGCGCUGAGGGGGAGAUGGUUAAGCAAACGAUCCAGAUCUUCGCGAGGGUGAAGCCCACCAGCCGGAAACAACCUCAAGGGAUCUAUUCUGUAGAUGAAGAUGAAAAAUCAGUAGCUGCAUUGGAAAUUAUCUUACCACGUGAUUUAGCAGAAGGAUUUGUGAAUAAUAAACGAGAAAGCUACAAAUUUAAAUUUCAGAGGAUUUUUGAUCAGGAGUCAAAACAAGAGGACAUUUUUGACAUAAUUGCCAAACCUGUUGCUGAAAGUGUUCUGUCUGGCUAUAAUGGCACCAUCUUUGCAUAUGGACAAACGGGCAGUGGCAAAACUUUCACUAUUACUGGAGGAGCUGAGCGUUACAGUGACAGAGGCAUCAUUCCAAGGACCCUAUCAUACAUUUUUGAGCAAUUACAAAAGGACAGCAGAAAAAUGUAUACAACCCAUAUUUCCUAUUUGGAAAUCUACAAUGAAUGUGGUUAUGAUCUGUUGGAUCCAAGACAUGAAGCCUCCAGUUUGGAAGAUUUGCCGAAGGUGACAAUAUUGGAGGACCCUGAUCAGAACAUUCACCUGAAAAAUCUAUCUCUUCAGCAGGCAACCACUGAGGAAGAAGCUUUGAAUCUGCUCUUCUUAGGAGAUACCAACAGAAUGAUUGCAGAGACUCCUAUGAAUCAGGCCUCCACGCGUUCCCACUGCAUUUUCACAGUUCAUAUCUCAAGCAAGGAACCAGGCUCUGCAAUUGUCCGUCAUGCCAAACUCCAUUUGGUUGACCUGGCUGGUUCAGAGCGAGUUGCAAAGACUGGAGUUGGAGGCCAGCUUCUGACAGAAGCCAAAUAUAUCAACCUUUCCCUACACUACUUAGAACAGGUUAUAAUUGCCCUUGCAGAGAAACAUCGAUCCCAUAUUCCCUAUAGAAACUCCAUGAUGACCAACGUACUGAGGGACAGCUUGGGAGGAAACUGCAUGACAACCAUGAUUGCUACGCUGUCGUUAGAAAAAAGGAAUAUAGAUGAAUCUAUAUCAACUUGCAGAUUUGCCCAGCGAGUGGCCCUCAUAAAGAAUGAAGCUGUUCUCAAUGAAGAGAUUGACCCUAGACUGACUAUUAUACGUUUGAAAAAGGAAAUCCAGGAAUUGAAGGAUGAACUGGCCAUUGUCACUGGGGAGCAGAGAACAGAAGAGCUCACACAAGUAGAACUCGAUAAACUGGAGGAACAAAUUAGAUCGUUUUUGGAAGAUCAAGAUCCAGAGAGUAGGCUAGAGGUGGGAUCUGACAUGCGUAAAAUCCACCACUGCUUCCAUUAUUUAAAGAAAUUGUUGAGUGAAAGAAAGAUUCCUGAAAAAAGUGAACCCUCCCCUGAAAUCAAAGACCAAGAUGGAGAAGUGCCAUUAAAGGAGGAAGAAUUUAAAAAACUGAGAGAUAUCCUGAAGCAGCGAGACAACGAAAUUAAUAUUCUGGUAAAUAUGCUUAAAAAGGAAAAGAAGAAAGUCCAAGAUAUGUUCAACCAACAGAAUACUAGCAGGGGAGGGACGAGGCAAUCACUGAGCGCCUCCCCAUUAAGUGGAGGCCUAGACGACUCUUCAAAGGUAUCAAUAUCGAGUACCUCAAAACUGAUCCGUGAUGGUAACUCCUUGGACUACAGGUCUGCUUUUCAUCGCAGGAAAACAGGAAAGAAAGAAGAGAUGUCACUGGGACGGCAGGAGGCUUUUGAAAUCUUCAAGCAGGAUCAUGCUGAUAGUAUUACAAUUGAAGACAACAAACAGAUUUUAAGACAGAGAUUUUCUGAAGCAAAGGCCUUAGGAGAAAGUAUAAAUGAAGUAAGAAGUAAAAUUGGCCAUCUAAAAGAAGAAAUAAAUCAACGGCAGAUGCAGCGAGUUGCUUUAAGCAUUACAGAUAAUGCAGUAGGCGACCAGGAAUUAGACCCAGUGGAAGAGAAGUUGCGCUCAAAAAUGGAGGAAGAAAAAAAAAGCUACAAAAAGAUGUUCACUCACCUGAAAGGCCUAAAGGUGGAAAUCGAGCACCUGCAGCUGCUAAUGGAGAAAGCCAAGGUGAAACUGAAAAAAGAGUUUGAAGUUUGGUGGAUAGAAGAGGCAAUAAAUCUGCAGAAAAAAUCCUUGCCAGCAAAUUCUCUCCGGACACCAGAAUCCCGGCACCAACAGCAAUCGCAGUCACAUCUCGCCAAUAAAAGUGAACUGAUUUCCAGAAAAAUUAUGCCUUCCCCUCCCCCUCCAUCAAGAAACCAAAGGAGCAGGUGUAGCAACUCCAGUGUGGAAGAGAGUGACCUGAUUUCCAAGAAAAACCCACCACCCUCUCCUCUUCCAUCAAGAAGUUUUGAGAAUAAGUUCAACAAUCCUAAUGUGGAAGAAAGUGACCUGACUCCCAGGAGUAAAGUGCCUUCUCCUCCCCCUCCAUCAAGAAACCAGACGUACCCACCAGACAGCCUCUAUCUGGAAGAAAGGGUCCUAGGAAGCCCUUCUCCAUCCAUCCCUUUCACUGGAGACAGUCAGACAGACAAUGAUAUCCUGGCAUUCCUCAAGGCCAGGCAAAGCUUACUGCAGAAAAAGGGUUUGGCAAACAAUUGAAUUUAUCAUGACAGCUCAGCAGCCCAACUGAAAAGCAAGGACAGAGUACAGAUAAAACUCCUUUCUUCUUUCAUCCUCUCUUUGGAUGUGUGGCCUACAUGGCUGGAACAACAUGUGACUUGAGCCCUAAUGGAGAGCCUUGUGUACCUGUAAGGAUGGUGUCCCAGCGGCACUCAGGAAUGGUGGGACAUGUUGAGGUGGGGGGCAGGAAGUAGAGAAAUGGAUCCAAAUAGAAGGUCAAAUCUUUGUACUGUAUGCUAAGGCUGUUGGCUGUGGCACCAGCAAGGUGGUUGAGUUUUAGAGUGUUUUGUGUUGGUUUUGUAUUUUUAAAAUAAUUUCCCUUUUUUUUAAAAUAAUGUGGGUCACAUGGCGAUCUUGUCUUUUGGAUAACAUGGAUAAUUUGAGAUUAUGAAAUGGCAAUUUUGCAAGAUGGAACCAGGAGAUUUGUGCUUUGCUCCCUUCUUCCCCCCACCCCAUUCCCACUAAGCCUAGGCCUAUCAAAUAAUAAAGAGAGAUAAAAAGCUCCAGGAAGGAAAAGGCAGUAUCUUAGGCCAGGACUACAGGGCUGGAUCCAAGUAGAGGAGAGCCAAAUUGUCUCCUGAAUUGGGGACACCUUGAUGGUUGAUCCUCAUAAACUCAGGCCAAAUUGUCUGCCAUUACCUUUACAGUGAGGAUGCCCAGUUUAAAUUGGGCACAAAGUCAGAGAGUCCACCACUCAGCUGGAACACAGACAUUUUGGAGCAGAUCAAAAGGACCUGAACUUGUCUCUCCAAAAGCCAUGGUAGAGAGGCUCGGGUGGGCAGUCCAGACUUCAGGGGACCUUGAUGUGGAUGUCUGUGAUUCUCUGGGAUUUUGGCCACUGUUUCCUUGUGACCAGGGAAGAAUUGUUGCCUCUUCCAGAAUUUUUACAAAUACCAUGCCUCAGUUAGCCAUAGUAGAGACAACCUAAGAAUCUGGAAUGUUUUAGUUUUCCAGCAUGUAACGUGGUGAAAUAGUGGUACAAGGCCAAUGAUUAGAUGGUCUGGCUAGGUCUUAGCCUGGUGGGGGCCCUUUGAGAACUGAAACCAGGGAGCCUUGGGAAACGGAAACAGCUUAGGAACAUUCGAUGAUGCCACAAAUUGAAUAAAAGAAUUUGCCCGCUG